AUGGCGUGGAUCCUUGCAGAGACAACAGACAUCGGCAAGAAAGAAGUGAUCAUCUUUACAGAAUGUGAUGCCGAACCCACAAUACACCAUGUGAACAAUUUGACAGAAUGCCUUGAAGAAAUGAGAAUCAAUCCUUUUAUUCUUGGAGUUUCCACACUUGUAGAAAAUCAGGCAGGACAUAUUGAUCAGAUAAUCGGCCCAGUACUCGAUGUAUAUUUCCCUCCAGGUAAUAUGCCUAGAAUUUACAAUUCCUUGAUAGUUAAAGAUAACGAUACAACUAGUCAGCCAAUAAGUGUGACUUGCGAGGUACAACAAUUAUUAGGAAAUAAUAAGGUUAGAGCUAUAGCUAUGAGUGCUACAGAUGGUUUGAUGAGAGGAAUGAAAGUAAUUGAUACAAGAGGUCCACUUAGUGUUCCAAUUGGUGAAACUACUCUUGGAAGAAUUUUUAAUGUUCUUGGGGAACCUGUUGAUGACUUAGGUCCUGUAGAUGCUCUCACAAUAUCUCCUAUUCAUAGAUCUGCUCCCGCCUUUACACAAUUCGAUACCAGAUUUUCAAUCUUUGAAAAAGGCAUUAAAGUAGUGGAUCUUUUAGCUCCUUACCGCCGUGGGGGGGAAAUUGGAUUAUUUGGGGGAGCUGGAGUGGGUAAAACAGUGUUAAUUAUGGAAUUAAUCAACAACAUUGCUAAGGCUCAAAGAAUUCCAUCACUUCCUUCAGGACGGGACGGCAAUAUCAAGCUCAAGACUAGGGGGUAG